AUUACAUUUAUUGAGGGAGUAAUGAUAGCCUCGCACAAAACAAAGUACAGUGCAGACAGCAUCGAAACAAAACCAGGUGACCAAACCAAGUUUGCUUGCGCAACAUACCAACUAGACUCUAGCGGAACAGAAAGACACGGUAACGUCUCCAUUCUAGACUUCCAGGAGAAGUCUGUUAAAGUAUCAUCAGUCCUAGAAACGGGGGGAGUAUUGGAUCUGUGGUGGAGAGAUGAGGGAUGUUUGUUGGCAGCAUGCGCUUCAGGCGAGUUGCGCAUGAUUGAUGUUGAUAAGGACUGUGCGUUUAGUGAGUGCAAAGUUACUAAUGUGUCAAGUGAUAUUUUACUGGCUGUUAACGGGAGUUCUAAUACUGUUGUCACCAGUGAUACUGCUGGAAUCAUCUACUCAAUAAACCCAGAUAGUUUGGAAAUUUCAAUGAAGAUAGAGGCAGCACAUGGUGCGCAGGGUUGGGGCGCUGAAGUAUGGGGUUUAGCGCUUGACAGGCACGAUGUAAACCUGGUUUACAGCGGGGGAGACGACUGUUUGUUGAAGUGCCAUGACCUGCGCACCCCUCACACUGUCUCCACCUCACGAUACCACACCAUGGGGGUGUGCUGCAUAUCCCCUGAUCCUGUAUCUCUUAACCGGAUAUUAUCCGGAAGUUAUGAUGAGUUGGUCGUUGAGUGGGAUACCAGGAACUUUAAACAACCCCUCAGAACUGUCAGUGUAGGUGGUGGUGUGUGGCGCAUCAAGCGCAGUCCUGACAAUAUGCAUGCGCUUAUAGCAGGCAUGCACAGUGGGUUUCAUAUCGCGGACUUGACAGAGUUUGCUGUAGCACAGACCUACACAGGACACACAUCCCUUGCGUAUGGGGCAGAUUGGUUAGACCAGGGGUUUGUUGCUACCUGCUCAUUUUAUGAUAAUUUGGUUAACGUUUGGCACAGCGGUGUCUAGUUGGAGCACCCC